CCGUACUAUCGUAAGCUAAACAGGUUUCAGAACAAGAUGAGUUAACACAGACUGAUAGAGCCAUGAGUUGGGAUCCGUUGAACGUGACCCAUGGGGAGCUGGAGGGAAGCUUCCCAUGGCUCCUGUUCUCCCUCGUCAUCAGCAUCAUCUGGUACCUGUAUUUGAUCUACUACAACUCAAGAGUGCUAGGCAUGAUUCUCACAAAAGUUCUCAACAGACUAUACAAGACAGGACAUAUCCAAAUUGGUUCUUUCUCGAUGGCCAUCCUCUCGGGAAAGAUCAUGUUCAGAGACGUUCACUUCAUCAGCGAGGAUUUGACCGUGCGAGUGCUCGACGGGUUUGCGGUCUUCCACUGGUGGCGCCCCUACGUGCGCAAGGAGAUCACUGAAGACAUGUCGCAUUCUGACACGAGACUCUACGUUGAGAUGAACAGCGCGGAAUGCCACGUCUACAACCGUAGCGCCCUCUAUAGCAAGCUCGAGCAAAUAUUCGGCCUCGACUCAAACAUGAUUCCUCCGGAUAAACUACAGGAGUACGAGGCGAACGAGAAGAAGAGGGAGCAAGCGAAGCUGGAGAUUGAGACGACUGGGUUGCAGUGGCGAGACCUCAUCCCCGUUGUCAAGAUCGAAAUAUUCGCGGGUCGUCUGGUGGCGGGUAACCACCUGGUGCCGACGGCGCUGUGUGUGAACGUGGACGAAGCGCACCUUCUCUACACGACGAAGCCCGCCUCCAGUCCGCUCGACCGAUUCCGCCAUUUUGUCGACGGGAAGCUUGAGAAUCUUCGCGUGAUGCUGGCGCCGAGCCCGAAAUACACGGGAACGAGCGACGAGCCGCCGCGCUACAUGGGCGAAGGUUUCGUCGUGCUCAGUUCAAGCGAGAUGCAGGUGUACUACACAGUUGACGAGCCAGGACUGGUACCCGAUGAGCCAGAGAUGCUGGAGCUGGCUUCAGGAGAGAAGAUAGAGACUCCCCCGCCGUACUGGGGGCUGGAAGUGAAGACAGGGAAGGGAACUAACUUCAGUUACGGUCCGUGGGCCGACCGUCAGAGGGAGCAUCUAUAUAACUUGUUCUAUCCGGCCGAGUACCAGCCUAUCCCGGUGACAGUGAAACCACAGCCAGGGGAACUAAGGCAACCAGUAUCGUUCGACAUACAGAUAAGCUGCCUAGACGAUGCCACCAUAGACAUACUCUUCACCAAGAAUAAGGAGACGAAUGCUCUGCACCUUAACAUGGGUCCCGGCUCGUACAUCGAGUGGUCCGUGCCGUGGGUGAUCAGUGUGGAUGGCUACACGGCGGUCAUCGAUGGCCAGCUGCUGCACAUGGACACCAGCACCAGUCUCGAGUAUCGCAACUUCAUACAGGCAGAGACGCUGGAGUUUCAGGUGAAGGCAAAGUAUCCUCGCUUCUGGAACCUCCAUCAAGACUGGGUCUGCGACCUCAAGGGUAGCAAGAUCACCGGCUGGCUUCUCUACCACCACAAGAAGUUCUUCUGCGACAUGAUAGACGACUGGUCGAGUAAGUCCCGACCCGACCUGCUACACUUCGUCCCCUACACCUGGCACAUCGGCAUGAUCCUCAAGGAGUUUGAGAUCGUCGUGCUGGUCAACGAGUGGAACUGGAUCGACUGCUCCUCUCAGCAGCCGGAGAAUUGUCAUUUGGCAGUUAUUGGAGAGCUGUUUGACGUGUCCUUCAACUUGCCCUUCAUUGACUUCCUGCCACCCUCAGUGCCCUUGGUGUUCUGGAUACAGGGGGAAAGCAUGACAGCUUGUCUGUAUCUCCCUGAGUCUAACACGAGCCGGGACCAGGUGCUGGCCCUGGAUAGACAUGCCAAGCUAACGAACCGCGACGGAUCCAUCAUGGACGACUGGCUCGAGAACAAGCAUUGGAGGAGCGUGACCGUGCACAGCGCAGGCUGGGUGGAUUGUGUGAGAGCUCCCAUCGUCGCUCUCAGCAUCACUUACACGUACUGGCCCAUCGCACCACACUCCAACGGUCCUGCCUUCGAGCUGGACCUGACGACGCCGGAGAAGGAGGAGGAGAUUCUCUUGGCGAUGCGGCCAGAGGGCGCCGGCAGCGGGGCGCGGCGGCGCCACUAUCCGAACGCGAGCGAGUUUGACGUGACGACGCUGGCUCCUGACGUGAUUGCGGUGGAGUGUGAGAUCGGACCGGCCGUGUUGAAGCUGUACGGCUCCCUGCUACGCCUCGUGCUACACCUGAAGGAGAACUACCUUGGUGAGGACCAGGUUUACACGGACAUGUCGCACACGUGGACGUCCGAGCCGCCGGAACCACACGCCGACAGCGAGUUCGACCCACGCUGGUAUCGCCCCCUGGAGGUGACCGUCACGCUGAUGGGGACUCACGCAGAUACAUUGCACAUCUCAUGCAAGCGGGAGAAGGGAGAGGAGCAUCUCGGCACGGGCCACGUAGCAGUGUCUGGCAUGCAGGUUCGCGGACACGCGAUGUUCUCUGCGGAGGGAAACAGCUUGGAUGCGGAAACACUGGAGUAUGCGUGGCUGGUGGAGGUGCAGGUGGGGGACAUCACGGGCCGACUGACCGCCCCACAGCUAGCGAGUCUCGUCACGGCGUUAAACACGCUCGUCUACCUCGUGCUGGAUCGUGAGAACGUGCUGCAGCAUCCGCGGGCGUACAAGCUGUGUCAGCACGCGGUGCCGCAGCGAGCGUGCACGCGUAACCCGGCCGCACCGCUGCCCUGCCCCACCGCAGACGACGUCAAGUACAGACUCACGCGGCUCGCUGUCGACUCGCUAGAACUGUUCCUCGUAGAGGCUGGCUCGGCUCUCAACCUACAGCUGUUUCCGGUGCGGCUGUCGACGUGUAACCUGCAUAGUAAGGUGACGAGUGCCGGCGUCACGGCCCUCGUCCAACACAUACACCUGAAGCAGUACAUCCUGAGCAAGGUGCCAUCCACCAACGCCCCGCCGCCGCAGAAAG